UGUACCCUCCCUCACCUCCCCUCCUUAUCCACCCACCCUCUCUCCCUCUCUGCAAAAUUUCAGAAAUCUGAAUCUUCCCAUUUUAUAUAUUGCAUGAUAUGAUGCAAUGAGUGUGUAUAGAUCCACAUUCUCUCUCUAAAGAAUCCUAGGUUCCUGAAUUCUACAUUUCUACACACACAAGAAAGAAAAAAAAAGUUUUCAUCUUUUGUUUCUUCCGUCAUCAUUCUUGCCUUUCUCAAUUCUUCUUAUCCUCUCCUCCCUCUCUCUCUCUCUUUAUACAUAAUACAUUUUUACAUGUACGUUUAUGUAUGGUUUAAUCAAGAUCUGGAUUUUCCUCGCAGAAUGAGAGAGAAUUCGAUUUUUUUCUUUAUUUUCGGUGAAAAAUAUGGCUACCCUUUGAUGGAUGUGUAGGUUUUCAGACUUAAAUCCUUGUUAAAGAUCCAAUCUUUACCAACCCAUUUCUGGUUUUAAUAUGCAUGUGUACACUAGCAUUCCCCGGGGCGAUGGGAUUUUAGUCUGGAUCUCGAAUUUGUAGACUAGGGUUUGAUGAGAGCUAAUUUGGUUUGUAUUGUUGCAUCUGUUACUAUUUGAGGAGCCAAAGAAAAGAAAAAGGAAAGAGAAAUGUGGAAAAAUCUACUGAGUAAGCUACCCAAAAAAUCCCUGAAAUCUGAUUCAGUGGAUUCUCCGAGGAGCAAUUCAGACUCGAAUGCUGGUUCGGGGCGGGCAGCCGGGUCAGGUAGCACUCCGAGGAGGACAUCCUCUGCCGUGUUUCCGGCCAGUGUGAUAGCAGGCAUUGAACCCCUGGUGUCUUUCAAGGAUGUCCCCAGCUCCGAAAAGAUGAAUCUUUUCAUCAGUAAGUUGAGCCUCUGCUGUGUAGUUUUCGAUUUCACUGACCCGACUAAGAACACAGCUGAAAAGGAACUAAAAAGGAACACAAUGAUUGAGCUUUUGGAUUUUCUUUGUUCUAAUCCACCCAAGUUCUCAGAGCCUGCUAUUCAUGCAAUGUGUAAAACUUGUGCUGUUAACUUAUUUCGUGUUUUUCCACCCAACUAUCGGUCUAAUAGUGCCCGUGGGAAUGAAAAUGAUGACGAUGAGCCAACAUUUGACCCUGCCUGGCCUCACUUGCAAAUUAUGUAUGAUUUGUUGCUUAGGUUUGUAACUUCCCCUUCGCUAGAAGCAAAGGUUGCAAAGAAGUACAUAAAUCACUCUUUCAUUCUCAGAUUGAUUGAUUUGUUUGAUUCGGAAGAUCCAAGGGAAAGGGAGUGCUUGAAAGCUAUUUUGCAUAGAAUUUAUGGGAAGUUCAUGGUCCACAGGCCCUUUAUUAGAAAGAGCAUAAGUAAUGUGUUUUACCAAUUUGUGUUUGAGACGGAGAAGCAUAAUGGAAUUGCUGAAUUGUUGGAAAUUUUUGGCAGUGUCAUUACUGGGUUUGCAUUACCCUUGAAGGAGGAGCAUAAGAUCUUUCUGUGGAAGGCCCUAAUUCCUAUGCACAAGCCAAAAUCUUUGGCUGUUUACUUUCAGCAGUUAUCAUACUGUGUUAUUCAGUUCAUAGAGAAGGAUCCCAAGUUAGCUAGCACUGUGAUUAGGGGUUUGUUGGACUACUGGCCAAUCACAAAUAGCCAGAAAGAGGUCAUGUUCUUGGGUGAGCUGGAAGAAAUUCUGGAAGUUAUUACCAUGGAUGAGUUCCAAAAAGUUAUGGUUCCAUUAUUCUGGCGGAUUGGAUGCUGUGUCAACAGUUACCAUUUUCAGGUAUCUGAAAGGGCACUCUUCCUAUGGAAUAAUGAUCAAAUUGUGAAUCUAAUUGCACAUAACCGACAUGCGAUACUGCCCAUCCUGUUCCCGGCUCUGGAUAAUAAUACUCAUUCCCACUGGAACCAGGCUGUGCAGAAUUUGACUCUGAAUGUAAGGAAGAUGUUUGUGGAGAUGGAUGACGAGCUAUUCCGGGUUUGCCAAUCCCAGUACAAGGAAGAGCGGGAGAAGCUAGCCUUGGCAGCUACAAAGCGCAAGGAAGAAUGGGAGCGCCUCGAGAAUCUUGCCCAACUACUACCAAUAGCCGGAAACACUGCUGUUUUGGUAACUCCUUUAGCAACUAAAAUGACUUGUUAAAGAACACUUACCGCUCCCGCUCUCCGUUUGCAUACCCGCUCUAUCUGUAACGCCGCAGAACCAGAUUGCAUCAGGCGGAAAAUGGCCGCUCAUCUGUUCUGCAUUACCCAUCAUUAGCCUUUGCCCUUGUGUUGUAACUUACUGUCACCUUUUGUUGUUUCAUCUACUCUGCCCCCCAAGAAUCUGUAUGGUAAGUAACUGGCAGUGGGUAUGUAAAGUCAUAAACUAACAUCUUUCAUUAGUUUAUUUUCCCCCUUUUUUAGAAUUAUUUUGCUGUUGGCUUUAGAUGUUAAGGAGCAAUUUUCUGUUGUCAAUGUACUGAUUAUAUUAUAUUGUCCCUGGUGUACGAGUACAUGUCAAUUUUGUCUAAAUAGAAAUCCAACUGUCUAUUUUUGUUUA